AUGGGUAGAGUGCAGAAGAAAAACGCAAAAGGUCGUCUAGAUAAGUACUAUUAUCUUGCUAAGGAGAAAGGUUAUCGUGCACGUUCGUCUUUCAAGAUUUUGCAGAUAAAUGAGAAGUAUGGCCACUUUUUAGAAUCUUCCAGAGUCGUCAUUGAUUUGUGUGCAGCACCGGGUUCUUGGUGUCAGGUUGCAACACAAUUAUGUCCUGUGAAUUCAUUGAUUAUUGGUGUCGAUAUAGUUCCAAUGAAACCAAUGCCAAAUGUAAUAACCUUCCAAUCAGAUAUCACAACUGAAGAUUGUCGUUCUAGAUUGGCCGGAUAUAUGAAAUCCUGGAAGGCAGACACGGUUAUGCAUGAUGGUGCACCUAAUGUUGGUUUGAAUUGGGUCCAGGACGCAUAUACCCAGUCGCAGUUAACCUUGCAGGCAUUAAAGUUGGCUGUUGAACAUUUAAAUGUUGGUGGUACCUUUGUUACCAAAGUUUUCAGAUCUAAAGAUUAUAAUAAUUUAAUGUGGGUCUUCAACCAAUUGUUUGAAAAAGUUGAGGCAACGAAACCUCCAGCCUCCAGAAAUGUGUCUGCUGAAAUUUUCGUUGUCUGUAAAAAUUUCAAAGCCCCAAAGAAACUCGAUCCAAGAUUUCUCGAUCCAAAGCACGUUUUCGAAGAAGUUGAGGACGAUAAGUCUCAGAAUAUGGAAGCAAAAGUUUUCAACCCUGAAAUCAAAAGAAGACAGAGACAGGGUUACGAGGAAGGUGAUUAUACUUUAUUCCACCCAAUGCCACUGAUGGAAUGGGUUAAACUUGAAGAUGAAGUUAUUAAUACGCUAGGUAGAGUUUCAAGGUUUGACAUUGAUACGGAAGAUCCAGAGUGGAAGAUUUUGAAGAAAAUGAAACAAACCACAAAGGAAUUUUUUGAAUGCUGUAAAGAUUUGAAGGUUUUAGGUAAGAAGGAUUUUAAAAUGUUAUUAAAAUGGAGAAAACACGCAAGGAAUGAAUUGGGUAUUAUCGAUCCAAAUGAUGAAAAAAAGCGACAAAAGGAAGGAUUAGUUGAAGUUGAGGAAUUGGAUGAAGAUGAGAAAAUCGACAAGGAGUUGAACGAGAUCAAGGAAAAAUUAAGAUUGAAGAACAAAAGAGAGAAGCGUAGGUCCAACUUGCAGAAACAGAAGGAAAUCCAACGGAUGCAGAUGAAUAUGCUAACGGACAUGCAAAUUGGUAUUGAUGCAGCCAAUAUUGGAUCCGAGUCUUUAUUCAACUUGAAAACCGCUGAGAAAACCGGUGAAAUCGAUCAAUUGGCCAAGGGUAAGAAGACCAUAAUUUUCAAUAAUUCUACGGGUGAUGACACCAAUAUGUUUAUUGAUGAUAGCAAUGGAAAACCGCAGCAUGGCCGUGAGUUAAUGGAUAGAGACAACGCGGACACUUUGGAGGAUGAACUCAAUAGUAUGUAUGACUCUUAUAAAGAAAGAAAAAAAAUGAGAGAUGCAAAGUUGGCAGCCAAGGAAGCACGUGGUGGUGAUGACGAUGCAUGGGAAGGUAUCAAGGAAAAUGAAGACGAACUGGAAUCAAGUGAUGAUGGUGAGGAAGUUGACGAUUCUGAUUCUGAGUUAGAUACCGAUGAUGACGAAGCAAUUAGCAAUUUGGUUGCGACGAUUGAAAGGAAAAAGAAAAAUUCUCUAUCUUCCAAAGCAAGUAGUUUCUUCAGUGAUUCCAUCUUCCAGGACGUCGAUUUGAACAUUGCUUCUAGCGGAAAGGGUGAAACCAAAAUCUUGAAGGAAAAAACCCGUGUGAGAAGGCCGAGAGCUGAAGAAAGUGAAAUGGUCAUGAAUACCGAAAAUGAAGGAGGCGAAGAAGCCGACAGCGAUGAAGAUGAGAAAUCAUCUGAUUCUGAUGACGGGUUUGAAAUUGUUCCUAAUGAAUAUCAUGAUAUUGAAAAUGCGGAUGAUAUUGACACUGAUUCCGAGGAUGAAAUGGCUGAACGUGCCCGUGAAUCUCACAAGGCUGACAUUGAUAUUGCUACAGCACAAGCCAUGACUAUGGCACAUGAAUUAGCACUUGGACGUAAAACAAAGAAGGAUUUGGUCAAUGACGGUUUUAAUAAAUACUCAUUCAGAGAUAAAGAAGGAUUGCCGGAUUGGUUUAUUGAGGAAGAAGAUACACAUUCCAAGAUCAACCGUCCAAUUACCAAGGAAGCUGCAUUGGCAAUUAAGGAGAAAAUGAAGCAAUUGAAUGCUAGACCUAUCAAGAAAGUCCUUGAAGCACAGGGACGUAAGAAGAUGCGUGCAAUCAAGAGACUAGAGAAGCUAAAGAAGAAGAGUGAUGGAAUCAUGGACGAUGAAGGUAAGAGUGAAGCAGACAAGGCAGCGGAGAUUCAAGCAUUAAUGGGUAAGAUGACCAAGAAACAAAAGACAAAACCUAAGGUUACCCUAGUUGUUGCUACGGGUGCCAACAAGAGGAUGGCUGGACGUCCAAAGGGUGUCAAGGGUAAGUACAAGAUGGUUGACGGUGUCUUGAAAAAUGAAAUGAGGGCGUUACGUAGGAUUGCGAAGAAGAACAAGAAGAAGGGAAAGAAAUAG